AGAAGACUCUAGCCUUCACUUCAUAGUCUCUGCACUCAAAAUGAAGAUCUCCGCAAUGCUUCUGUGUCUAUUGUUCAUAGCUGUCACUGUCAGCCCAGCAGAGCUGGUUGAGUCAGAUGAAGCACCCCUUUCAAUUUCCUGCUGCUUUUCUGUAACCUUCAGAAAACUCCCCUUUGCGAUGCUGCAGAGCUACAGCAAAACCAGCACCCAGUGUGACAUGGCUGCCGUGAUCUUCAAGACCAAGCGGGGUAGAGAGAUCUGUGCAGACCCCACUCAGAAGUGGGUCAGUAAAUACAUGAAGCUCCUGGACCAGAAGUCUCAAACUCUACAGGCUUAACCCUUCACACCUGGGCUGAGAGGCAAUCAGAGCCUGAAGUUCUCCCCUAACUUAUCCAGUCAUGGAAAUGUUACAUGAAGAUGGUGUCUGGUCUGGGUGUUCCCUUAUCCUUGUCUCUUACCUGAGAUAAUUCUGAUUAUUUCAGAAUUAUUCAGAAUUCAUCCUAUCUGAAUAUCUGAAAUAAAAGCUCAUAUAGGUUUGCAAAUGUA